UUCCACCAGUCAUUCAACCGGUGUUGGCCGGUGUUCGGAGCCGCGAGGAGACGACAGGCAGCGGACAGCUCAUUCUACAGAGAUGCCACCAACCCUCCUCCUCCUCCUCCCCCUUCUCUUCUUCACCUCCAUCUGGACGCUGGAGUUUCGUUACCACAACAACCGUGAGAUUGAGCAGUAUCUCCUCCAGGUCAACACAACUAACCCUGACAUCACAUAUCUGUACAGCAUCGGCAAGUCAGUCAGAGGUCAGCAGCUGUGGGUGUUAGCUCUGGGUGUCAGCCCUCGCCAUCACACCGUCGGCAUCCCAGAGUUCAAAUAUGUGGCGAACAUGCAUGGAAAUGAGGUUCUUGGCCGGGUGUUGCUGCUCCAGUUAAUCGACGACCUGGUGCGAGGGUACCGCAACAAUGAAACAUGGUCAUUGCAGUUACUGAAGAGCACUCGAAUUCACAUCCUACCGACGAUGAACCCCGACGGCUUUGACGACGCAGGCACACACUGCCAGUACAGCCAGGGAAGGUUCAACCACAACGGCAUCGAUCUCAACAGGAACUUUCCCGAUGCUUUCACCAGUCUCCAAAGGAGGCAGCCCCUAAAAGAGGAGAACAGAGAAGCUGAGGUGAGGGCUGUGAUGGGCUGGUUGAGGACUGAGACUUUCGUUCUCUCCGCCAACCUUCACGGAGGAGCUCUGGUGGUCAGUUAUCCCUAUGACAACAGCAACGGAGGCAGCGAGCUGGUGGGCACAGCCAGCAUCACCCCUGAUGACGACGUGUUCGUUCACCUGGCCAAAGCGUACUCCUACAAUCACGCCUCCAUGCAUCACGGGGACGGCUGUGAGGACAGCAGACCCUUCCUGGACGGCAUCACCAACGGAUACCAGUGGUACCCACUGGAAGGUGGGAUGCAGGAUUACAACUACGUGUGGGCGCAGUGUUUGGAGCUAACUCUAGAAAUUUCCUGCUGCAAGUUUCCUCCAUCUAAAGAACUCCCUGCUCUGUGGACGGACAACAGAAAGGCUCUGCUGGUGCUCAUGCAGCAGGUCCACCUGGGGGUGAAAGGUCGUGUGAUUGAUGGAUCGGGCACACCGGUGGAGAAUGCAUUGGUGGAGGUGGAAGGUCGAAGGAAUACGUGUCCUUUCAGAACCAACCAACAUGGAGAAUACUACAGGCUGCUGUUGCCUGGAAACUACGUCUUCACUGUGACGUACCCAGGCCAUGAGGUUCUGACAGAAACUCUCAACAUCCCAUAUGGUCCAGAUAACUACUCCGCCAUGAAACAUGACUUUGUGUUGCGUCGCAUCGUUUCGACAACUGGCCCCGCACCAGCUAACCCAACCCCAGCUAACCUCACCCAAGCUAAUUCCACCCCUACAUGUAACUACACAUUACCGGUUGAACUGGGAUUAGAAGGAGGUGCAGCCAUGACGGAGUCCACAUGGAGGGCCCCAGCUAUGGGGGUCAGCUUAGUGGCCUUGCUGUGUUUGCUAAUAGACUGA